CUUCGCGAGCUCGGCCCCCGCGCCCGAGCCCAGCAGCGGAAGCUGCGACGCUUGAGGCGAUGCCGAACGUGUGAGCAAGCCCGCAAGCCGCGCUGCAGGGGCUUCUAUAGCGCGCGCAGGGGAGGUCUUUCAAAGGUGGCGCUGGGCGCGCCUCCACAGAGAGGGGCACAUCUCGCGCGCCAAGAACCAUGCGCCCUCGCAUGGUGCCCACACUCCUCGAAAUUGCAGGCGGCGCACGGCAUGGCGAUGGAGGGCGCCACGGCGGUGUGGUUGCUGUAGGCAGUCAAGCUCGCCAUGAGCGCGCGCCCUACGGCAGGAGAACGCCGGGCCACGCGUUGCAGCUACCCUGGCGCCGUUGUUGUUUCGGAGGCGUAUGCUUCCAUACGCAGGCGCCUGCAACAGCAGAGAACUGCGCCCGGUGGCCCUUGGCGCCCGGGCGCGUAAUCUGCCUGCUACCCGGUGGGUGAUCGGUCUCGAGUAGGCUGCCCCAUCUUGUGUUGGUGGUCAGCGGGUCGCGCGGAGUAUGUAGAAUCGAAGGGAAUCUGGUUCCUUGUUGCCCGACCCCCUCCCCUUUCGCAUUUGGCCUGGCCCGUUAGCGCGUGUCUUGUCGCUCAUGAAACAGACCGCGCGCCGUGGUUUUGUGUAUCGCGGCACCGCUUGUCCGGUUCGUGGGAUCAGGGCGCGCGCAAACAGGUUUCGCAAUAAAACCAGCUUUGGAAGGCAAUUGAAUUGCCUUCAAAAUGAGGAAUGCCUGAGGAUUGUCACACCAUAGAGAGACGGGCUCGUCCUCCCGCGCAGGAUAUUUAUCACAUCUUGUUUAACCUCCUUGGUCAUACACAACUAGGACAUGAAGUACAAGUGUGCGUAGUUUGCAAUUUUGUUCUUCUUUGUUGUACUGAUUUGUUCUAUUUUGUAGUAUUCUUGUUUGACCUCAUCUUCAAAGGCGCACCGGGAAGGGCGUGCGAAUUCGUAUUGGAAUCGAUGCACUAUACAAGAACGCAGAGGUGUUACAAGGUACAGGCUGCUGCUAGUCCUCCGACCAGGUUCUUACGAUCGAGUAUAGUGAAAUACGCAGAAGCGAAGAAAAACGCGACUUUUAGCCGAAUUGAAAGCUGCAGAGGAUGUUCUUUUCGCAGGGUGAAAACUUAAAUCGAGGCGCUUUUUCCCCUGCCACUACAGCAGGAAAAAGAUAAUACAAACGCUACUAUUAGCCUAGGAACGAAGGAAGUCGCGAUCUCUGCUGGCGUCAGUGCUUCUAGUAGGCAAGCAUCUUGGUAUGAUAUCAUAAACCAGUGCGCUUCCCGUCGAAGUCGUGUC